AUGGGUAAGCCGAAGGGAACCGUUGCUUCGCCGUUGAAGAUGCAGCCGAAUCCGACGAAGAAGACCUUGAAGGUUGCAAAAAAGCCUGCUAUGGCAUCCAAGGGUGACCGUGACGACAAGGGCGACAAGGGCUUGAUCAACCGCAGCAUCGAGGAAAUGAAGCAAGGGGUCUCCACGGACGAGUGUGAGGCCCGUGACAAGGGCAAGGCCCUCAAGUAUACCAAGUUGAAAGAAGCUGGAGCAUUGCCCCAGCACAUUAUCAGUUUGGUGGAAAACGAGUCCAAGAAAGCCACAUCAUCCCGCCAGUUCAAGACCAUGGCGAUUAACCGCCUUUUCCAGAGGGACGAGGACGGUAUCAUUUCCCUUGCCACGGGGGACAGCCUUUUUCAAGAAUCCCAGGAAAUCUUCACCCAGACGUAUGCGAAGAAAAAGGAAAAGGCACUACCUCGGUCUAUCAUUCAGGGCCUCUACUUCCAGAACGAUGCUAAGAGCUUCGAGGCCGCACUCGCCAGUGGCGAUCUUGAAGAAUGCGAAGAAGACGGCCGGAAGUUUUACAGCUUCAAGGAGUACACGGUUGCCAAGGUGGAGGGCAAGACCACGAAACACAAGAUGCAGACGGAAUGCGGGGUUGAUGUGCAGGAGCAGCGAGAGCUUCAGGCGGUGUUCGCUGCAGUGGGAUGGACGAUGAUGGCUAGCAAGACGAAGAAGAAAUUGGAGAACACGGCGAUGGUCAACGAGGAAGGUGGCUUGACCGAUCCGGCUGAGGGCAUGCAGCUGCUGAAGUCACCCAAGCUGACGGAGAACAAGUCGAUUCUGGACAUCAAGAAGGGCUGUGCUAUGUGUAUGACAUUUUCGACCCAGCUGGCUCAGAUCGUGGACUUCCAAGUCUUGCCGGAUGGAGAAUCCAUCUCGAAAGCAGGGCUGGAUGCUUUCCUGAAGACCGUGGCCGAGGCCACUCGCGAUUUCAACGAGAAGUUGGAGGUGACCAAAGGUCUCCUCCGGAGCAAGAGCAACUGA